UAAAAAUUAUGGCUUCAAAAUUCAUCUUUUCUUCUUUCUUUAUACUUGUUCUGUUUUGCUUGCUUCUUAUGAGGGAGACUUCUGGUUGCAAUUCUACAUAUGCAUGCUCCUAUGCUAAUGGAGGAAGUCUUAGAAUGAUUCAAAAUAGGAAGAUGCUGUCUGGUUUGAAGGUUAGUCUAGAAGGAUCUUCAACAAAGAUGAAGUAUGGUGAAAAGGCAGUGAUUGGAGAGUUGAGGAAGGUUCCUAGUGGUCCAGAUCCAUUGCAUCAUCAUAACAUUGGCAACCCUAUUAAGCCUGAAACUCCUUAA